GGUAAACUUAUAGUUUCCUAUACCGUGAUGUUUGAAGCACUACGACCUCCUUGGCACCCCUUACCGCAUAACGCGCCAAUCAGACGUGUCCGUAAUAUUCGUGGCAGACCAUUAUACGAUGCCCCCAAAAAACCCAUGACUCCCCUAGGACUCCCACAAGGCUCUGCAAGUAAGCUAUUACUUGGAUCAAGAGAUCCGCCUCCACCCCUUCCCGAAAUUAUGGACAUCGACCUGCCAUGUGAUGCUGCGUUGCUGUGAAGUGAAUGUGAGGCACAGUCGGAAAGGCACAGAACGGAUAAGUGUGAGUGAAUGGGGGUGUGUGUGUGUUUGUACGUCAAGACUUGACAAGGCUUACUACCUAGGACCUAGGUCCCCUUGGAACAACAACGAGAAUCUGCCAAGUCAUAUUCCUCGCUAUACCGGCAAUGUCUCGACAAACUGCCAACAUGUCACUCAUUUUUAUACUACUUCACUGUCUCAGCUUCAUCUCCCUCGGUUUAGCUAGGCCUCUCCAUCCUGCUCAUCCCCUUCACGAAACAAGGGCGGUAGGACCUAGGGGUGAGCUAAGGGAGGCCUUCACAUGGAGGUCGAUCAGGAAUAAACUUCACCUCACCUACCGAGACACCAGGGUAACUUUCAACGAGAUCGGUGCUUCCUUCACUCUCGGCGAUAAGGAAAGCCAGCUAUCACCCGGAGGGACGUACCCUCGCCUUACUAGGCUCGCGGACGGCGGCAUCCUCGCGGCGUCGGCUUAUACCGCCAAUGGCUUACGAACCAUUAGAGUUACCAGGAGCGACGAUGACGGCGCAACAUUCAAAGAAAUCGGCACUAUCGCCCAGGGCCCCGGGGACUUGGAUAACGCAUUCCUGAUUCAACUUCCGUCCGGAACCAUCAUUGCCGCCUUCCGCAACCACGACAAGGAUGCUAAUGGCCGCCUUAAGUAUUUCCGUAUCACCGUCUGUAAGAGUAAUGACGGCGGUCGCACAUGGGUUUUCUUGGCUCAGGCUGCGGAACAUGCCGCUGACGCUUCGGGUUUCAACGGACUAUGGGAACCCUUUAUCCGGAUCGGAAAGGACGGCGCACUCCAGUUGACAUACUCCGGCGAGCUGAGCCAGACCAACCAGGAGACAUUCCGCACUCUGUCACACGAUGGUGGAGCGACAUGGUCUACACCGGUUAACCUAAGGUUACACGGCGCGGAUCAGCAGUUCCGAGAUGGUAUGCAGGGAAUUGCUGCCAUCAAAGACACCAACGGCCAAGAUGCUCUAGUCAUGGUCUUCGAAGUCAAGGACGGCCCGAACUUUCACCUCGGAACCGUGAUUUCGUACGACGACGGUAACACAUGGGGCAGGCGAAACGUCAUCUACCGACCCAGCCAGCACAACGCCGGAGCGCCGCAGAUCGCUACUCUCGGGAAAGGUCUUGCUGUGGUCUUCAUGACCGACGAGGACUUGCCUACCAACCAGCUGGAUUGGGCGAACAAGGCCGAUAUCAAGAUGAUCUUUUCUUCGGAGCUUAACAAUGGCAACCUCAAGUGGACCAGCCAGACGUUACACAUCUCGGAGGACAGCUCGUACUGGCCCGGUACCUUCAAGCGAGGAAACAACAACAUCAUGGCUGUCUACGAGCGCGGAGGUGUUCCUCACGGAAGAAUCAUCACGAGCGUUUAAAGACCUCGGGAAUAGCAUAUACAACACUGGAAAUGCAUUGGUCAGGGGAGGCUCAUUGAAUUAUACUUAUUGGGAGUAAUGGUUAUCGUUCAUGAUAAUCCUUGGCAUUACGGUUACUUCAGAUAUCAUAGGGGUAUUGCGAAGAGGCUUCAGGCUUGAACACAUUUGCAACAGCAUACACCAUGGCGGUCGUAUCUAGACAAUGGCUUUGGAAACAAGGCUAGCCGAACUAGCGAGGACACCAAUUGUAUAUACCUCUAAACACACAUAAAACAGAAUUGAGCACAUAUUGUUAG